GUCAUAGUCCAGCUGAAAGAAGGUAUACCACAGGUCUAUAAAGGAGAGCUCUUUACUGCUGCAGCUUUUAGCAAACACCAACACUCUUAAGAGCUUUGUUAUCUCUUUAACUGCUGCAACUUUUAGCAAACACCAACACUUUUAAGAGCUUUGUUAUCUCUUUACCUGCUGCAACUUUUAGCAAACACCAACACUCUUAAGAGCUUUGUUAUCUCUUUAACUGCUGCAGCUUUUAGCAAACACCAACACUUUUAAAAGAUUUAUCUCUUUAACUGCUGCUGUUGUAGGAACGAAAAAUGACAAGCCAGGAAGUUAUGGAAAAGGACUUCUCAGAGGAGGCUCCUGUGAAGAACACAGACAUGGAGUUUACUGCUGAGGAUAUUCCUCGGAUUGUGAAGAUAUUCCAAGAGGCUGAUGCUGAUGGAAGCACAGGCCUAGAUGUGGACGAAUUCCGGGAGGCGAUGAAAAAGAUCGAUAUCAAUGCAGACGACAGCGAUAUGGAGGCCCUCCACAUGAAGAUUGACACAAACUGUGACUCUGUUGUGGACUUGGAAGAGUUACUGACCUUCCUAGAGCAAAAAAACAAGACCGCAAAAAAUAUGGAUUCCAAAAAAGUCUUCCCUAAACCUUUAGAGAUCGUGAAAACGAAAGAUCGCAAUCCUAUAGUGAAAAUGAUCUUCUGUCCUUUAGAAGGCGUCAGUGACCCCGACCAUUACUUCGAGGAUCCAACAGAACAAGAAAGACCGUUUGUGGAAGGCCAAUAUCACUCCAUCACCUCCGGGGGUGUCGUCAGUUUCUGGUCCGACAGGUUUGACAGUCCUCGGACUUUGUCACUGUACAAAGAUAAAGCAAAAUUGCCUUUCUCUCACAAGAAGAAAGUCUGUGUGAACGACGCGGUGUUCCUGCCAGAACUGUCACAGUUAGCUGUGUGUGGUAAUGACAGAGAGGUGAAGUUCUAUAAAUACAUCGAAAAGUUGGACAUGCUUUACAUCAGCCACAGUUUGAUUGUGGAGGACCAACUAGUGAGUUGCAUGAACUACUGGUCCGACGGCACCAAGGCAGUGUUCGCUAUGAGUGACACUAGGGGGUUUCUAUAUAUUUUUACCUCCAACAAUGUACGUGCCUAUGGCCUCUUCUGCAAACAAAGCUAUGAAGAAAUCUCUCUGAUGGAUUAUCCAACUGUUUAUGUUUCUUCCCUCAUGGAAAACACAUCUCCAAGAUUUAUGAAUGCCAAAGUCUCCACCUUUAAAGACAGCUGGAACCAGAUCACCCAGAUCAGCUACAUUCCAUCUCUUAACUCACAUGCGGUUUGUUGUAGCUCAUCCAAAGAAAUGAUCCUUGUUUCCCUGUCCAAGCAAACCAAACUCAGAGCCCAUAAGACAACCUUCAGGAGUGACCGAUGUGGGGCGUUUUUCACCUGUGUUGAAUACCUGCCUGGUAAUGAACGUCUAGUGACUGGUGGUAUGAAUGGCUCAUUGUACGUGUGGAUUCCGGAUUUCCCAGAUAUGUGUGAACAGGUACUGAAAGGACAUAGAAAGCCAAUCAAAUAUAUCAUGGAUAACAAACUGGACAAAGUACUUAUCAGUAUAUCCGAGGACAAAAACGUACGUGUGUGGAACACAGUGACCUUGGAGUGUAAUCAAAGUAUGUAUGUUGACAACCUGCCGAGGUCCCAGAUGACGGGGGCUUAUUAUAACACUCUUAACAACGAGCUAAUCGUGUCAACAUCACACCAUGUUGUAAAAAAUCUGGGACGAGGAACCAAUUUAUUCCAGAGAUUGCUAACAUCCCAUGACAAGCCCCUGUGCGCUGCCCUCUACCACAGCAUUUUCAAACAGCUGGUCUCUGUCUGCCAAAACGGCGUGGUAAAAGUGAGGGACAUCACAACUGGAAAGGAAAUCAUACAGUUCAAAAUCACUCCAGACCAGCAAGAGGGUCUCUACGCUGUUACAUUCGAUGGUCCACAACGCAGACUGAUUACAAUCGCAAAGGAUGGGAAAGUAAAACUGUGGAACUUCAACACCGGACAACUGCUUGAUGUUCUACCUGUCACUGUGCAGAAGGAGGUCACAGCUAUUCUUUGCAGAGAAGAGAAAAUCUACGUGUCAGGAAGGAACUCCAGUACCAUUUUUAUCCUGGAUCUGGAAAAUAAUGACCACGGCUUUUUGGAGCACGCGUUUUUAACAGAUAUCUCCUCCAUGGAUUUCUAUGAGAACACACUGACUGCCACCUCCAGCAACGGAAACACUGUUGUCUGGGAUGUUGAGGCUGAAAAGGCAAUCUACUGGAUCAAUCCGAGCAAGAGUCCCCAGACAAAUAUGGUGAACACAAAAAGUAAAAAACAGAUGGGACGGACAGGAAAUCUGCGUGCUCUGAAGAGAAAGAAGAAAGUCAAAUGCACUGGAACAACAAACCUCAGUGCACUGCAAGGGGAGAUGGAUUGUGUGAAAUCCUUACAUUUGAAGACCAGGGAUAGCAAAGCAGACACAGCCACACUGCUGACCUCUGCAGACGGCUACAUCUUUGCCUAUUCUCCUAAAAUCAAGGGAGGUCUGAUAGGAAAGUUCAGGGCAGUGAAAGAUGAUGGUGCCGUCAUUACCGCCAUGACAGUUGAUGUUGAGGAACAUAGUUUACUUGCAGGGGACAGUAAAGGGAGGGCCUAUGUGUGGGACAUCCAGAAUUUUUGGGAUGGAAAACAGUCAUUCAAAGACCCAUUUGAGGAAAUCAAAGGAUGGAGAGUGUCAGUGUGUCCCCCCCCUCUGUUGGCAUCCUGGCAAGCUCACCAUAAAAGGGUGGUGGAUAUCGGGUUUGAAUCUACAUGUGGGAACAUAUUCACUGCAGGGUAUGACUGCAAAGUGGAGCUAUGGACCAAAACAGGCCGCCACAUAGGCCUCUUUGGGAAGGACUCAUGGGAUUUAACGACUUCCAGUCCUCAAAUGAGUGAUGACCUGGAGUUCAAGGAAAGACCAGGCACAGAAGAGGAUAACAACCAGAAGCAAGCAGAAAGAGCAGGCACGUGGACGCAUGAUGACCAGGAGCUAGAAGAAAAUCCAGACAUGAUAUGGGACUAUGAAAACUCUGAUGAAUGCAGGAAAGUUGAAAAACUACUUCGAGAAUUGGAAGAAAGGUAUGGAAAACCUGGCAAGAAGAGCCAGUGCACGGCUGAACUGCUGAAGACUCCGAUGUCCAAAGAGGAAAUGGACAAAGCAGAUGGAGGGGCAAUGAGGGUAGUUCCAGAGUAUGAUCUAGCUAAAAAAGACAAGGAUGAAAACGCACUCCGCAAGUUGAAGGCUAAACCGCCAAAGCCUAAACCGCCAAAGCCCCAUGAUGAACCCUUGUUCUUCUGUGGAUACAGACUCUGCCCACCUGACCCCUUGCCAGAAACUCAGAUAUAUAGCCGAAGGGCCAAAUAUGGACGUGUGAUCAGGAUUCAGCAGAGAGAAAUAGUAAAUGACAAGACCUUCACACCAUGUCCACCAAAUGACAGGACCUUCACACCAUGUCCACCAAAUGACAGGACCUUCACACCAUGUCCACCAAAGCAAGACAGGUUUCAGCAAACACAAGAGUGUGUUGGUCCAACAUCGACCCAUGAUCUGCUUCAACAAAAGCAAGACCCCGCAGAGCUGGAGCUCACAACAGGCAGUCCUUCCAGGAGCUCACACUUCACCCAAGGACCAAAUCCUUUACUCACUAAGAGGUCUAAGCUACCACCUAACACCCUUAAUCAACAACCUGAACAAAAACCAAAGCCGCUUCGUUUCCCACCAAUCCAUGAUAGGGUUACCAAGCUUACCACAGGCUGUGACAGUCCUUCCAAAUAUGGACGCGUGCUCAGGAUCCCGCAGAAAGAAAUAAUAAAUGACAGGACCUUCACACCAUGUCCACCAAAGCAUGACAGGUUUCAGCAAACACAAGAGUGUGUUGGUCCAACAUCGACCCAUGAUCUGCUUCAACAAAAGCAAGACCCCGCAGAGCUGGAGCUCACCACAGGCAGUCCUUCCAUGAGCUCACACUUCACCCAGAGACAAAAAACUUUACUCACUGAGAGGUCUAAGCUACCACCUAACACCCUUAAUCAACAACCUGAACGAAAACCAAAGCCGCUUCGUUUACCACCAAUCCAUGAUAGGGUUACCAAGCUCACCACAGGCUGUGACAGUCCUUCCACGAGCUCACACUUCACACAGAAACCAAAUCCUUUGGCCAUUAAGAGGUCUAAACUACCACCUAACACCCGCAAUCAGCGACCUGGACCAAAACCAAAGCAUGUUUGUUUACCACCAAUCCAGGAUAGGGUUACUCCGCCUACUACAGGCCAUGCUAAGCCCUCUAGUUACUCGGGUUACAUAUUCGUUCUGCCCAACCCACUGACGUCCAAACGCACCCAAAAAGUUGUCGUCCUACCACCAAUACUUAAAAAGAUCAGCACCAACAUCCGCCUCAGCAUACCAGGCCAUUCUAAGACCCAUUAAUCAGCAACAUCCACCUCCAACGUUUUGGUUUACUCCGAGCACUUCGGUUUUCCCAAAACAUCAAAUGAUAUUAAAGUAUCAACAAAUAAAUUCUAAGAAUCAACAUUG